UAAAGAAUGCAAACGGUCGCUCCGGGUCAGAGCCCCAUACAUGCCGGUUCUAUGAUGAGCUGCAUGCAAUUCUGGGGGGUGGCCCCUACCACUACCCCGUCACUGUCUGUGGACACAUGCAAGAGGGGAGUCUCACGCAACAGGGAUGAGGAGUUUGAAAAUGAGGAAGAUGAAGAGGAGGAGAAGGUUGAGGAUAGCACACAGCAGGCAAGCAAAGAAUCCCUUCUCCCCAGCAGCCAGGAAUUGUUCAUCACCCUGGAGCCAAUACCCUCCCAACUCUCCCAAGGAGGGCUCCCAGACCAUGAAGCUGGAGAAGGCACCUCUGCUCCAAAUGUUUCUACUCUCCCCCUAUCAUCUCCGUCCCAGAGGCUAGCACAGAUUAGAAGGCAAAAAAAAUUUUCCUUUUUUUUUCCUUCCCGAAAAAUUUCCGAGAUUUUCUCAGAACUCAUGCAGUCCUCCUGCACUGAAAGAGCUCAGCAGAAUGUGUGGAGGCAAACAAUGGCAGAGUCCAGGAAAGCGUUAAAUGAACGCGAUGAGAGGAGGGAGGAACACGCUGAAAGGAGGCAGGAUGCAAUGCUGAGUCUAAUGAGGGAGGAAACUGACAUGCUCAGGUGUCUGCUGACGCUCCUUCAAGAGGUAGAACUGCAAUUUGAAGGAUUGCCACCUCAACGAGAUCAAAACAGAUCUGUGCAGAGAAAGAAUGAACGACCACCGCCAAAAAGCAGCGACUAA